CAGUGCAUGCGGAUCAGCCGAGCGAAGACACGCGAUUGGUGCUGAUGGUGAACGAGUUUCGAACACCGGCAAUGUGUUGCUGUUCACGGGAAUGAAACGAGGAUAGAUCCGGCUCCAUCGAACGAUAGAGUAUUCAGAGACAUCGUUUGUGAAUCUAGCAUAACAUAAGUACUCAAGGAUUUCCACUUCCUAGCAGUGUACGAAUAACAAGAACAACCAGCGAGUUUACGAUGCUUUAUUUUAUCAUCUUUGUUUAAUUCGGCUGGGUUUGUAACUUUUUAUGUUUUCAUUGUAUGGCGAUUAAACGCCGGCAUUUAAAAGUUACCCGCGGCGAUCAUCGGUUUGUAUUGCAUUCCUAAUCACUUCGUUUUUUCGAGGGUCUGAAGGUUUUGGGACUCUGGACUAAAGGCUUGAAGAAGCCCUUUGGGGGUGGGGUUGAGAAUCCGUUCAUUAUCAGGCUGUCAGUCCGUCCACGAUGGAGAACGCACACACUAAGACCGUAGAGGAAGUUUACAGUAAUUUCUCCGUCAAUGAGAGCACGGGGCUCGACCUGGAGCAAGUCAAGCGGCAGCGCGAGAAAUGGGGACCGAACGAAUUGCCUGCAGAAGAGGGUAAAUCACUGUGGGAGUUGGUGGUGGAGCAAUUUGAGGACCUCUUAGUGAGGAUUCUUCUACUGGCAGCUUGCAUUUCUUUUGUAUUGGCCUGGUUUGAGGAGGGAGAGGAGACCAUAACUGCAUUUGUGGAGCCUUUUGUAAUAUUGCUUAUUCUUAUAGCCAACGCCAUUGUAGGAGUCUGGCAGGAAAGAAAUGCAGAAAAUGCCAUUGAGGCCCUUAAGGAGUAUGAGCCUGAGAUGGGCAAAGUCUAUCGCCAGGACAGGAAGACCGUACAGAGGAUCAAAGCCAGUGACAUCGUACCCGGGGACAUUGUGGAAGUUGCCGUGGGUGAAAAAGUUCCUGCUGACAUUCGCUUGACGUCGAUUAAGUCAACGACCCUUAGGGUGGACCAGUCCAUUCUAACAGGAGAGUCUGUUUCAGUAAUCAAGCAUACAGACCCUGUUCCUGACCCUCGCGCGGUGAACCAGGACAAGAAGAACAUGCUCUUUUCUGGUACCAAUAUUGCUGCAGGCAAGGCAGUAGGCGUAGUGGUUGCCACAGGAGUGAACACUGAGAUCGGUAAAAUCCGUGAUGAGAUGGCAUCCACUGAGCAGGAGCGCACACCCUUGCAGCAAAAACUGGAUGAGUUUGGCCAGCAGCUCUCGAAGGUCAUCUCACUGAUCUGCAUCGCCGUAUGGAUCAUCAACAUCGGACACUUCAACGAUCCCGUUCAUGGUGGCUCAUGGAUCCGCGGGGCUGUGUACUAUUUUAAGAUCGCUGUCGCACUGGCGGUGGCUGCCAUCCCAGAGGGAUUGCCUGCCGUUAUCACCACCUGCCUGGCUCUGGGUACCCGUCGUAUGGCCAAGAAGAACGCCAUUGUGCGCUCUCUACCCUCCGUGGAGACUUUGGGCUGUACCUCAGUCAUCUGCUCUGACAAGACCGGCACUCUUACCACCAAUCAGAUGUCAGUUUGCAGGAUGUUCAUUGUUGAUCAGGCAGUUGGAAAAAGCUGUUCCCUUAAAGAGUUUACCAUUACUGGCUCCACAUACGCCCCUGAAGGACAAGUGUUUCAUGAGGGUAAACCUGUGCAAUGCUCCCAGUAUGAUGGUCUGGUUGAAAUGGCCACCAUCUGUGCUCUGUGCAAUGACUCAUCUCUGGAUUACAAUGAGGUCAAAGAUGUGUAUGAGAAAGUGGGAGAAGCCACAGAGACUGCCCUCACAUGUCUGGUGGAGAAAAUGAAUGUGUUCGACACUGAUUUGAAGAGCUUUUCCAAAGUUGAGAGGGCGAAUGGAUGCAACUCUGUCAUCAAGCAAUUGAUGAAGAAAGAGUUCACUCUGGAGUUCUCACGAGACAGGAAAUCCAUGUCAGUCUACUGCACUCCCAGCAAAAAUCACUCCUCCAUUGGCAAGAUGUUCGUUAAGGGUGCUCCAGAGGGGGUGAUUGACAGAUGCACGCACAUCCGUGUGGGUGGAAAUAAGGUACCCUUGACAGCAGGCAUUAAAGAGAAGAUUACGUCUGUGAUCCGCGAGUACGGCACAGGACGCGACAUGCUACGAUGUCUGGCUCUGGCCACCCGAGACAACCCGUUGAGUAAAGAGAGCAUGGUACUGGAGGACUCGAGCCGAUUUAUUGAGUAUGAGACUGACCUGACCUUUGUGGGAUGUGUGGGCAUGCUGGACCCCCCCAGAGCCGAGGUGGCAGCUUCCAUCAAACUCUGUCGGCAGGCUGGCAUCCGAGUCAUCAUGAUCACUGGCGACAACAAGGGCACAGCUGUUGCCAUCUGCAGACGCAUUGGCAUCUUUGGCGAGGAUGACGAUGUCUCGCGCAUGGCCUACACUGGACGAGAGUUUGACGAUCUGUCUCCCGCUACUCAGCGUGAGGCAGUACUCACUGCACGUUGCUUUGCCCGUGUCGAGCCCUCCCACAAAUCCAAAAUUGUGGAGUUCCUCCAGUCCUAUGAUGAGAUCACUGCCAUGACUGGAGAUGGUGUGAACGAUGCACCUGCUCUGAAGAAGGCUGAAAUCGGCAUUGCUAUGGGCUCAGGCACGGCGGUGGCCAAGACUGCAUCCGAGAUGGUGCUUGCUGACGAUAACUUUGCUACCAUUGUGGCUGCGGUGGAAGAGGGUCGCGCCAUUUACAACAACAUGAAACAAUUCAUCCGCUACCUCAUCUCCUCAAAUGUCGGCGAGGUAGUCUGCAUUUUCUUGACUGCCGCUUUAGGGUUCCCAGAGGCUCUGAUCCCAGUUCAGCUGCUUUGGGUGAAUCUGGUGACUGAUGGUCUGCCUGCAACUAUGCUGGGCUUCAACCCACCUGACCUUGACAUCAUGAGCAAACCCCCUCGCAAUGCCAGAGAGCCCCUCAUCUCUGGCUGGCUCUUCUUCAGAUACCUGGCCAUUGGCUGUUAUGUUGGUGCUGCUACUGUAGGUGCUGCUGCCUGGUGGUUUGUUGCUGCUGAGGACGGGCCUAGGGUGUCCUUCUACCAACUGAGCCACUUCCUGCAGUGUGCUCCAGACAACCCUGAGUUUGAGGGCCUGAACUGUGAGGUGUUCGAGUCUCCAUAUCCCAUGACCAUGGCGCUGUCUGUGCUAGUCACCAUUGAGAUGUGCAACGCCCUCAACAGUGUGUCUGAGAACCAGUCUUUGCUCCGCAUGCCUCCCUGGGAGAAUGUCUGGCUGCUCGGAGCCAUCUGCCUUUCUAUGUCCCUUCACUUCCUUAUCCUUUAUGUGGAGCCCCUGCCGAUGAUCUUCCAGAUCACCCCAUUGAAUUUGACCCAGUGGCUUAUGGUGCUGAAGAUCUCCCUUCCAGUCAUCCUGCUGGAUGAGGUGCUCAAGUUUGCAGCCAGAAACUACCUGGAGCCCAGUAAAGACCUGGACAAGUCCACAGGCAAAGCCUGCUCCCUCAGUGCCUGCACCGAGGGCAUCUCCUGGUCCUUCGUGGCCAUUUCACUCCCACUAGUGAUGUGGAUCUACAGCACUGACACUAAAUUGGCUGAAAUGUUCUGGUCUUGACUGAAAUUAGCACAAAAUCCACACCAUGUGUAGAUCGUGUGUACAUGUGGUUGUGUGUUUAAUGCGUGGCUCUGCAACAGUGAAUGUGUACGAGAAGGACCGGAUUAACACAAACUUAACAGUAAUAUAGAAACAUGGCUUUUUAAAUGUACUGUGGGGUUUAAGAAGGCACAGACCUGAA